UUCUUACUGCAGUGUUGGUUGGUUACUGUAUUCAAUUAUUGUUCUUGGUGAGGUUCAGCGAUGAACCACUAUGCAAUGCAGGGGCUUCUCGCUUGAUCGGUGAAAAAGAAAUACAUUGAAACCUUGGUUUUUCAUUUCACAAGAAGGUUGUUCAAGCGUCUCUCUGUUUCAUUCCCCAAUCCCGGCAUACUCUCCUUGUCCUGUUUGUAGUUCAACCACAACACUGGGAAGAAGUCUUGUUCUGUUGAUGGAUUUGAAGACAAGCCACAAGUCUCCUCUUUUCGUUGAUCCCCUCUCGUCAUUAGCCUUGCCAUCUGCCGUGAUGUCCUACACAACACCAACUAGCUUCCCCUCUUCGGGGCUGUACCUGAACACCCCAAAGAAGAAUGCUCUUCCCAAACAACUCGAAGAAGUUCGUGCUGCUGGAUGGCUCGAUCUCAUGAUGGCCUCAUCGCCUCCUCGCAAGAGGCAGAGCAAGGACCUCUUCCCCACUGAUGUUCAAGCUGACGAUCUUGAUCUGCGAUAUCGUAACUGGAUGGUGAAGUAUCCUUCUGCUCUAACCUCAUUUGAGGGAAUUACUGAGCUCGCCAAUGGCAAAAGAGUGGCAUUGUUUCUUGACUAUGAUGGAACUCUUUCGCCUAUUGUGGACAAUCCUGCAAAUGCAGUAAUGUCUGAUGAGAUGCGUGAUGCUGUGAGGCAUGUGGCAUCACUUUUUCCCACUGCAAUCAUUAGCGGAAGAUCCCGUGACAAGGUCUUUGACUUUGUGAAACUAACCGAGCUGUACUACGCUGGAAGUCAUGGAAUGGACAUCAUGGGGCCUGUUAGGAUGUCUGAGUCCAGUGGUCACCAUGUCGAAUGUGUUACAUCCACUGAUUCAGAGGGUAAAGAGGUCAAUCUCUUCCAACCUGCAAGUGAGUUUUUACCUAUGAUAGCUGAGGUAUUUGAAAAUCUCAGUGAGAGCAUCAAGGACAUCGACGGUGCAAGGAUGGAAGAUAACAAGUUUUGUGUGUCUGUGCAUUACCGAAAUGUUGCACCACAUGACUACGAAAAAGUUCAUCAACGUGUAACUGCCGUUCUGAAGGAUUACCCUUUUCUUAGGCUUACCCAUGGGAGGAAGGUUCUUGAAGUCCGCCCUGUGAUUGACUGGAACAAGGGGAAAGCUGUAGAAUUUUUGCUUGAAUCGCUUGGACUAAGCGAGAGUGAAGAUGUUCUUCCUAUCUAUGUUGGAGAUGACAAGACGGAUGAAGAUGCAUUCAAGGUUUUGAAGGCAAACAACCGUGGCUUUGGAAUUCUAGUGUCAUCUAUGCCCAAGGAGAGUGAUGCAUUCUACUCCCUGAGAGAUCCAGCCGAGGUAAUGGAAUUUCUGAGGACAUUGGCAGCAUGGAAGGAAGAAUCAAGCUGAGCAGAAGGGAAAAACACCGGUUUUGCUGACCUGGAGAAGUACCCAACUAUAAAUACAAGCUAACCCAUACGUUGGCUGAUAAGGAGUUAGGCCAAAGCUUUUUUGAUUUGGCAUUUUGUGAAAGAGGUUGCCACAAUUUUUGGCUCCACUUUUGUAUUUUGUUAAUGGGAUCCCCGAUCCAUUUUAUUCUUUUAUUGUUUUAGUUCCUUUAGUACAUAUCAAUACAAGCUGCAAUUUGUCCUGCUGGUGUAUGUUUCAACAGUUUAUGAAACUGUGUUGUACGUU